AUGCAUUUAGUCGUCGGAAAUCGCCACACGGAUGCCAGGCAGAAGAACCUGUUUCCGAUUUUCUACCUGUCUUCAUGGACCGACAUUCAUUUCUUUUUUUGCUUCCUUCCUUCCGUCUCCAUCAUCUUUCUCCUCUUUCUUUUCUUUACCCUCUUUUUCUUCUCUCUCGCUCUAUUCUUCUCCCAUUCUGCACGACAUUCCUCCUUUUUCCCUCAUCCCUUUCUUUCUUUCUUUCUUUCUUUCUUUCUUUCUUUCUCAACAUAUCUUCUUUCUUCCUGUCUCUCUUCUUUUUCUCUUGUCUUCUCAAUUUUUUCCUUUCUUUCAUUCAUUCUUUCUUUUUACUCUUCUUUUAGUUUUCACCUCUACCAUAUUCUUAUCCUCUUCCAUUUUCUCCGAUCGUUCUUCUCUGUUGCCUCCCAACCUUCCUUUGGUCUUUUCGCUUUCCUCUUCGCAACUGUCUCUCUUUCUCUCACUUUUUUUUCGUUUCUUUAUUCUUAUACCCCUUCCUACUUUUUCUCUCUACCUUUUCGCUCUUCUCUUUAUUUCGUCUAUAUUGACAAAGCCUGGUUGUUCAUAACUAUUUUCUUUCUUUCUUUCUUUCUUUCUUUCUUUCUUUCUUUCUUUCUUUCUUUUCUUAAUGGCGUAUUCAUCACUGGUUCCAGUCGUCUGUGUUCGAUCUCAGUUAAAGUCUGCAUUUCGUCUCUGAGUUGGACGAAUCUGUUCACAUCUAUCUAUCUAUCUAUCUAUCUAUCUAUCUAUCUAUCUAUCUAUCUAUCUAUCUUAGUCUGUUCACAUCUAUCUAUCUAUCUAUCUAUCUAUCUAUCUAUCUAUCUAUCUAUCGUAAUCUGUUCACAUCUAUCUAUCUAUCUUAAUCUGUUUACAUCUAUUCAUCUAUCUAUCUAUCUAUCUAUCUAUCUAUCUAUCUAUCUUAUCUUAAUCUGUUCACAUCUAUCUAUCUAUUUAUCUUAUGUAAGAUAUAAAAACAUCGAAAAAUAUUCUCAUUUGUUUCUAUCUAUCUAUCUAUCUAUCUAUCUAUCUAUCUAUCUAUCUAUCUGUUUGUGUGAGUGUGUGAAUAUUUGUGUUUAUUUAGUGAACCGUUUGACUUAA